ACGGAGCUAUUCAUCAUGGCGUGUCCGGACUUGUGGACGUUGGCUCGCUGUAAGCUGCGUCCUGUUAUUUCUGCAAUUUAUCUGUUGGCGGUGCGCGACCUGAACAGCCUCUACUUUCACUCGCAACAGUUUGGGCAGGCAGCGCCCAGCAACUUCGCCUGACACCCUUGCCGACUGACAGAGCAAUACACAGAAUGAGGUUGCAGCUUAGGUUGCCAUAGCUCUGCCCAAUCCACGCAGUCUGUCUGCUGUUUGUAUCCAGAACCAGCUUGGAAUGGAGCUGCUCCUGAAGGAGGCGCAGCAGGAGAUCGCGCUGCUGCGGACCGACUUAUUUAACACCCGGCGCUUGGCGGAAGAGCGGCGACAGGCGGUCGAUGCCCUGCAAUCGGAGCGCGAGCGCCUCGCAAAGCACUGCGAGGUAGUGGAAGGGCAGCUGCGGUCAGCCAACGCGCAGCUUAACCACGUGCCAGAGCUCCAGCAACGAUGCGCGCACCUCGAGAGCCAGCUGAGGAAGCUGCAGUCAGAGAUAGAGACAGCCCACGCCGCGCGCCGCAUUCUUGAGCAGGAGCUUGAUGACGAGCGGCGGCAGCGCGGCGCCAUGACGGAACAGAAGGCACUACUGGAGGGCGACCGUGCGCGGCUCGCCAAGCAGCGCGACGACCUAGCGGCGCAGCUGCGCGUGGAGCAGAAGAAGGCACGAGAGGCGGAGGAGGAGCAGGUGCGCGCGGAGGAGGAUGCAGCGGCGCUGCGUUCCGAGAUUGCCGCGCUGCAGCAAGCCAGCGCCGCUGCGACCGCAUCCUCCUCCUCUUUGGCUGCAGCGCAAUCAACGGCGAACGCUGCUGCGGCGGGGCCGGCGUCAGCCGCGGACACCGCCGCCGCCAUCGCGGCGUCGGUGGCUGCCGCUACCGGGCCGCUGCUGGAGCAGGUGGAGCACGAGCGCAACCGCGCCGCCAUGCUGCUUAGCAACCUGCACGCCGCCAAGUCUGAAAUCAUGGAGCUCAGCAACAAGAUUGCGGACUACGAGGCGCGCCAUGUGCAGUCGGUGAGCCACGGCCCGCAGGACAAUGAACACUUGGUGCAGCAACUGGCGCUAGCGCACCGGCGCGGUGACGAGCUGGGGGAGCGGCUGGCGGAGGCGACGGAGCGCAGCCGGCAGCUGGAGGCGGAGGCCCAGGCGCUUCGGGAGGCGGCGCAGGCGGCGGCGGAGGCUGCCGUCAAGGCCGUGGAUGAGGCCGCGGCUGCGAAAGCUGCAGCUGUGGCGCAGCAGCAGCAUGGCAGCAGCUCGCAUGCGGGGCUGCCGCCCCUUCCCCCGGGUGGCAGCAGCAGCAGCCACCAGCAGCAGCAUUCUGAGAGCAGCAGGGCAGGCGGUGUGGCGCAGCACCAGGCGAUGGCGGCGUUGCGGCAGUCUGCGGCGGCGGAGGGCAUGCACCACCGGGUGGCGUCCAGCGGCUCACUCUACGGCAGCGGCCAGAACGAGCUGCUGAUGCAGGAAGGCGCUGAGCUGAGCGCGGAGGACACGGCGCGGCUGCGGCAGCAGGUGACGCGGCUCAAAGCCUCCCGCGACAAGCUGCUGCUGGAGAUCGACAAGCAAUGGGAGGAGAUUGAGCGCCUCAGCGGCGAGAACGCGGCCAUGGCGGACGACCUGCGGGCGGCGCGCGCGCUGGCGGCCAAUUGGGAGAAGCAGGCGCAGGAUGGCAUUGUGCAGGUGGAUCAGCUGAAGGACCUGCUUGAAGACUCGGCGCGCUGGGAGGCCGCAACAUUGGCAGAGCACCAGCAGCAGCAGGCUCAGGGUCAGCUGACUGCGCCCGGCGCCAGCCCCGGCAACGGCGCCAUCGUCACGACGGCACCGGCGCAGCAGACGCUGGAGCGGCUGCGCGUGGAGCUUCUGGGCGAGAAGGCGCGGGCGACGGAGCUGGAGCUGCAGCUGCGGGCGGUGGCGGCGGAGUUGCUGCGCUGCCAGCACGGCAGCCUGGACCUAGGCAAGAGCUUCUUGCCCAUGAUGGCAGGAGUGGAGAAGCGCUUGGCGGAGCUGUGCCGCAAGGCCCGCGCCGGCACGUGAGAGCGGGUCAGGGGAGGACCAGGAGAGAGACGAGGGAGCUGGCGGGAGGGUCCGGCGUCCGUAGGGCGGAUGCCAGGCAUGCGCGACGUGUGGGUCGUUGGCAGUGGUUUGUGAAAGUCGUUGCAAGGGAAAUGGUCCACAGUGCCGUAUUCAUUCGGUCAGGGUUGGGCAUACGUGGUGUGCGGGUCGCUGUGGACAUUAUCAAUGAUACCGGCAAAGGGCACCAGCAUGGCGAGAGAUGGUCGGCUGACCUACUCAAUCGAACACAUCAUGCACAAGUUUGUGAUGUCUGAUUGUGAGGUCCUUCCGCGGGUGAGGUCCUUCCGCAGUGAGGGCCCGGUGCGCCUCUCGUGUGCCUGCGUGGCCUGGUGCCGCCGCUGACACUAACUGCUUUCGUGAUGUUUAUUGCUAGCCUGGAGCUCACGACGGCGUCUUGCAUUCGCAUUCACUAGCAAGCACUUCGCUAAAAUGGGGUACUUCCCCGUUAUCCUCUUCUUGCUGUUUCGUGUUAUGUUCUGUGAGUUGGGUUGUUGCUUGCCUGUGUUUUUGGGGCCCCGGUACGCCCUUGCUUUCCCCCGGAGGGGUGCCCUGGGGUUUUGGUGGCUGGUGCGGUGGCCUCCGGCGUUUUGCUUGUGGGUUGCAGGUUGCGUGCCAGUGUGAUGGUGUGCCUUUCCCCUUCCUUCUCCUUUUCAACCAUUCUCGCAUGGGACAAGUGGGCUGAGCCCACAUCGCGUCUCUGGUCCGAGGCCGCAAGUGUCUACCUAUCUUCCGGACAUAGCCGGGGUCGCAGGCAAAUAACCCAACAGCAAUGAGUCCCACCAUAUCCUAUGGCC